AUGUCGAAAAAAAAAGGUAAUAAGAAAAACAAAGAUUUUGAUGAUGUCUUGGAAGAAAAAAGGUCAAUUAUUGACACUACUGAUAUAACCUCAAAUAGUAAAGUAAAAAGUAAAAAGAAAGUUAAAGUAAAUGCAGAUUUAAGUGAUAACGAAGAACUUGGCCAAACCAAUAAAAUCGAUGCAAUAGCUGAUACUGAAGAAGAUGCUAAACCUGUUACAAAGAAGACGCAAAAAAAAUUAAAAAAUAAAAAGAAAGGGGACAUUUCUGACGACGAGCAAGAAGAAAGUAAACCAAAUAACAGUGCAAGUGUUGCUGUUAAAAGUUUGAAACAAAAUAAAAAAAAGAGAGGUAAAGGUAAAAAAGGUGAUGACUUGUCAGAUGAAGCUAGUGAUGUUGAGUUACAAGAAAAGUCAGAUGAUGAAGUUGCCAAACCUGUUAGUAAAAAGAAAUCCAAAAAAAAGAAAGUUGUUGAUGAAAACUCCGAUGAUGAAGACCAUGAUGAUUCUAAAUCAGUCAUUAGUAAUUCUUCAAGUAAGCAACAAGUCAAGUCUAAGGGGAAAAAAGGUAAAGGAAAAAAGAAUGAUGACUGGUCUGACGAUGGCAGUGAUGUAGAACUUAAGGAAUUUUCAGAUGAAGAAUUUGCAAAACCUGUUACCAAAAAGAAAUUGAAAAAUAAAAAGAAAUUAGCAGCUGCUGAUUCUUCAGAUGAAGAAGAUCAUGAUGAUUCUAAAUCUGUAGCUAGUAAUGUGUCCAGCACUGUUGCACAGCCAUCUUCCAAGUUAAAAAAUAAAAAAGGUAAAGGUAAGGGAGAUUGGCCUGAUUCAGAAAGCGAUAAAGAGUUGAAAAUGGAAGCAUCUGAUGAAGAAGAGAUUCUCAAACCAGUAGUCAAGAGCAAAGGUAAAAAUAAAAAGAAAAACAAUAUAGAUGACAUUGAAGAAGAACUGAAAAAGUUUGAAAUAAAGGAUCCCGAACCUGAAGAAGAAAUUAUGGAAGAAAAGGAAGAAAAAAGACCCCAACAAGAAAAUGUCGACGCCUCUGAGAAAAAAAUGAGCCACAAAGAAAAGAAGAAACUUAAGAAACAACAGGAGUACGAAAAGCAGAUGGAGAUGCUAACGAAAAAGGGCGGGCAGGGGCACAGUGAGCUAGAUGCGAACUUCACCGUCAGCCAAGCACAGAAAUCUGCCGGUCAAAUGGCCGCCCUCGAGAACGCGGUGGACAUCAAAGUGGAGAACUUCACGAUAAGCGCGAAGGGCAAGGACCUGUUCGUGAACGCGACACUGCUCGUGGCGAACGGGCGGCGCUACGGCCUCGUGGGGCCGAACGGCCACGGGAAGACCACGCUGCUGCGUCACUUGGCGCAGCGCGCGUUCCCCCUGCCGCCGCACAUCGACAUACUGCUCUGCGAACAGGAGGUCACAGCGAGCGAAAUGAGCGCCGUGGACACCCUGCUCGAGUCGGACGUCAAGAGGACCGCUCUACUCAAAGAAUGCAAGGAGUUAGAGGCUGAGACGGAAAAAGGGAAUUUAAGCAAACAGGAUAGAUUAAAUGAGGUGUACGCCGAGCUGAAGGCGAUAGGCGCCGACGCGGCCGAGCCCCGCGCGCGGCGCAUCCUCGCCGGUCUGGGCUUCAACCGCGAGAUGCAGGACCGCGCCACCAAGAACUUCUCCGGGGGCUGGCGCAUGAGGGUGUCGCUCGCCAGAGCUUUGUACAUUGAACCAACUCUGCUACUACUCGACGAACCUACGAAUCACUUGGAUCUCAAUGCCGUCAUUUGGUUGGACAAUUACCUCCAAGGCUGGAAGAAGACGUUGCUCGUAGUGUCUCACGACCAGUCGUUCUUGGACAACGUUUGCAAUGAGAUCAUCCAUUUGGACCAGCAGAAGCUCUUCUACUACAAGGGCAACUACUCGAUGUUCAAAAAGAUGUACGCUCAGAAACGCAAGGAGAUGAUUAAAGAGUAUGAGAAACAAGAGAAGAGACUGAAGGAAAUGAAGGCGCAUGGCCAGUCGAAGAAGCAGGCCGAGAGGAAACAGAAGGAGGUGCUGACGCGCAAGCAGGAGAAGAACCGCAGCAAGUCGCAGCGCGAGGAGGCUGACGAGGGCGCCGCCCCCAUCGCCCUCCUGCAGAGGCCGAAGGAGUAUGUCGUCAAGUUCAACUUCCCCGACCCGCCGCCGCUGCAGCCGCCCAUACUCGGAUUGCACAACGUGGAUUUCAACUUCCCCGGGCAGAAGCCGCUCUUCAUCGGCGUGGACUUUGGCAUAGAUCUGAACUCGCGUAUCGCCAUCGUCGGACCCAACGGUGUCGGGAAGUCCACCUUCUUGAAGCUCCUGGUGGGCGAACUCAGUCCAAUACGCGGCGAGUUGAUCAGGAACCACAGAUUGAGGAUCGGCCGCUUCGACCAGCACUCUGGCGAGCACCUGACCGCCGAGGAGUCGCCCGUGGAGUACCUGCAGCGGCUGUUCGGGCUGCAGUACGAGAAGGCGCGCAAGGCGCUCGGCACCUUCGGCCUGGCGGGGCACGCGCACACCAUCAAGAUGAAGGACCUCAGCGGCGGCCAGAAGGCGCGCGUCGCCCUCGCCGAGCUCACGCUGAUGGCGCCGGACGUCGUCAUACUGGACGAGCCGACGAACAACUUGGACAUCGAGAGCAUAGACGCGCUGGCCGAGGCGAUAAACCAGUACAAGGGCGGCGUCGUGAUAGUCUCGCACGACGAGCGACUCAUACGCGAGACCGAUUGCGCGCUCUACGUAAUAGAGGACCAGACCAUAAACGAGGUUGACGGUGAUUUCGACGACUACAGGAAGGAACUUCUGGAGAGUCUCGGGGAAACGAUCAACUCUCCGUCCAUUAUCGCCAACGCCGCAGUACUUCAG